GGUGCUCGAUCGUCGGAGAAUCAGAGGAGAGAGAGAGAGAGAGCAGAGACAAAGGAGCCAGGCAUGUCGUUUAUGAAAGGAGAUUUGCUAUCGAGAACAAGAACACUCGUCAAGGGCUUGGCCAAGGCCGAACCUGCCUGGCUCAAAGCCAUGGAACAGGCACCUCCUGCAACAUUUCCCCGUGUUGACGGGAAGAUUAAGAAAAUCAGUCUCCCUGAGGAUCCUUACAUUAAAAAGUUCUUUAAGAGACAUCCGGAUUCAAAGCAUGAAGAUGCGAUCAAGAUUUGUAGUUUUGAGCCCCCUCCUGCCCGAUUGUUUGGUUUGCGUGUUCUUGAUUUAAAGGAGCAGGGGGUUAAUGAAGAAGAAGCUAUGGCUAUAGCUGAUAUGGAAUAUCGGGCAGAGAAAAGGGCCAAAAAGAAAGCAUAUACUCGAUUGAAACAAAUUGCCCGUCUUCAAGGAAAGAGGCCUCCUCCCAAUCCAUACCCCAGUGCAAUCAAGGAGAUACAAGCAGAGGAAAAGAAGUAUGUUCGAGACCGGUUCUUCAAUCCUAGGAUACGCCAGAUUGUACAGCAGCUGAAAGAGGAUAGGGAUGCUCAAAGGCAAGACGGGUUUAGAGGGGGCAGAUGGUAAUUUAAGGGGCAUGAUAUUUCAAUCAUCAGAUUUUCUUUUAUCUUUCGGAACUUGAAUUUCAAUUAUUAUUUUGACUACCCAGUAAUUUACUUCAGAUCAUUUUGGGCUUCAUGCUGAAGUCAGUAAUGAUUGGGAAA